UAAAGACAAGAAUUAUAUAUGUAUCAAAGCCAAACCAUGGUGGCCCUUCAAGUCGGAUUUGCAUUACUUUUUCUUCUAUCAACUUAUAAUUACUUUGGGGUAGAAGCUGAAUUCAUGGUCUGUGACAGUACAGCAUUCCAACAAAUGAAAAUUGAAAUGGGCAGCUUACGCUUUUGUGACAAGAACCUGCCUUACGAGGUGCGAGCCAAGGACUUGAUAGAUCGAAUGACACUGGAAGAGAAAGUGGCACAGCUUGGAGACAAAGCCAUGGGAGUCCAACGCCUAAACCUACCAGGAUACGAGUGGUGGUCCGAGGCACUCCACGGUGUCUCCGAUGUCGGUCCGGGCACUCGUUUCAAUCAAACAGUGCCUGCUGCCACAAGCUUUCCUACUGUUAUCCUCACCACCUCCUCUUUCAAUGAGACCUUGUGGAAAACCAUAGGCGAGGUGGUGUCGGAUGAAGCAAGAGCUAUGUACAAUCUAGGAUUGGCUGGAUUGACAUUUUGGAGCCCAACCAUUAACGUUGCUAGAGAUCCAAGGUGGGGAAGAAUUACAGAAACACCUGGGGAGGAUCCCUUUGUGGUUGGAAGUUAUGCUGUCAAUUACGUAAGAGGUCUCCAAGAUGUGAAAGGCUUUGAAAUAAGUAGGACUCCAAACUCAAGACCUCUCAAGGUUGGUGCAUGUUGCAAACACUUUGCAGCUUAUGAUGUUGACAAUUGGAAGGGGACUGAUCGCUACCAUUUCGAUGCCCAGGUGACGGCGAGGGAUAUGAUAGAGACCUUUAUUGAACCAUUUAGGAUGUGCGUCAAGGAUGGAGACGUAGCCAGUGUAAUGUGUUCAUAUAAUCGAGUGAAUGGCAUUCCAGUCUGUGCUGAUCCUGAGCUCUUGAAUGGGACAAUCAGGCAGCACUGGAAUCUCAAUGGUUAUAUUGUGGCUGAUUGCGAUUCAGUUGAAGUUAUGGUUAAUGGUCAUAAAUUCCUUAACGAUACACCAGUAGAAGCUGUUGGGCAAGCACUAAAUGCCGGGAUGGAUUUGGAUUGCGGGAAAUACUAUCCAAAUUAUGCGACAUCAGCAGUGAAGCAAGGGAAGGUGAAGGAGUCUGAAAUCGAUGAGUCUCUGAAGAACCUUUUCAUUGUUCUAAUGAGGCUUGGGUGGUUUGAUGGUAGCCCUGGUGGGUACUCAGGACUAGGGAAGAACGACGUAUGUUCUCCGGCACAUCUUGAGUUAUCGGCCGAAGCCGCAAGACAAGGCAUUGUCUUGCUCAAGAAUGAUAAGAAUACUUUGCCAUUGAUCAUUGGAACUGGAAAGCCCAAGUUUGCCGUUGUUGGACCCCAUGCAAAUGCCAGUGUAGCAAUGAUCGGUAACUAUGCACUAAAGAGUGGUGUAGCAUGCCAUUAUUCAAUACCAAUUGAUGAGAUCGCCGAGAAUGGAGAUGUGGUCUAUGCAGCUGGAUGCCAAAACGUGAAAUGCCCAAACAGUGAUGGGAUCGGUCAAGCAGUUCAGGUCUCGAAGCAAGCCGAUGCAACCUUCAUCUUUGUAGGACUGGACCUUUCAAUUGAGGCCGAGAGCUUGGAUCGAAAUGAUCUCAACUUCCCUGGCUUUCAGAAGUCACUCAUCACCCAAAUCAGUGAAGCUGCCACCAAGCCAGUCAUUGUCGUCAUUUUCUCUGCAGGAGGCAUCGAUAUCUCCUUCUUGCAACAAGACCCCAAGGUUCAAGCCAUCGUUUGGGCCGGCUACCCUGGGGCCGAGGGUGGCCGUGCCAUCGCGGACGUGAUUUUUGGCAAGUACAACCCAGCUGGUCGUCUUCCGAUUACAUGGUACCCGGCAAGCUAUGUAAAUCAACUACCGAUGACAUCAAUGCCGCUGAGGCCAAUCCCGGAGUCUAAUUACCCAGGAAGGACAUACAAGUUCUAUAAUGGAUCAACCAUCUAUCCCUUCGGCUACGGAUUGAGCUACACCACCUUUAAGUAUGCCAUUAGGUCGACAACAAAUCCGGUUAUGUUGAACCUGGGGCAGUUCCAACAAUGCAAGCCGCUCCAGUUCUUGGACGGUAGGAAGACAGAUUGCCCAGCCAUCCUAGUGGAUGAAACACAUUGCACUCAACUGGUGAUGGUAAAAGCAAUGGUGACCAACACUGGAAAAAGUGAUGGACCACUUGUUGUGUUUGUUUACUCCGUCCCACCAUCCGGCAUUGUUGGAACACCCAUCAAGAGACUUGUUGGAUUCAAGCGAGUGUUUGUAGCAGCAGGAACGUCACAGGUAGUGUUGUUCAAAUUGAAUGCUUGUCGUGAUUUCAACAUUGUCACUGACGAUGCUUAUGAGCUAUUACCGUCUGGACAACAUACGAUCAUUGUGGGAAAUGGAGAUGAUGCAGUUUCAACUCAAAUUACUAUUGGUUUUAACCACAAUUAG